AUGCCGUCCAGGAGCACGUCUGAGGAGUCGAAAGAGCACUCUCGGAAGAAGGCUUGGGAGCGAGGACACAUCCGAUAUCCAUUCUGGUUCGGAGGAAGCGCAAGUUGUUUUGCAGCUUGCGUGACGCACCCUUUGGAUCUUGGUGAGUCGUGCCAAAUAUCUGGAGUCCGCCUUCAAACCCGUCUAGGCAAUGCACCCAAAAGCAUGGUUGGAACCUUCGUGCAUGUUUUCCAAGCCGAUGGUUUCUUGGGACUUUACAGUGGUCUGAGUGCUUCACUGCUACGCCAGAUCACCUACUCCACGACCCGGUUCGGCAUCUACGAGGAGCUGAAGUCAGACUUCACCACCCACACGUCCUCCCCGUCGUUCCCCACGCUCAUUGCGUUGGCUUCGACAUCCGGAUUUCUGGGCGGAGUUGCAGGGAAUCCAGCAGAUGUGCUCAAUGUGCGGAUGCAGCACGAUGCCGCGCUACCCCCUAACGAGAGGAGAAAUUACAAAAACGCGAUUGACGGGUUGAUUCGGAUGACUCGAGAAGAAGGCUGGAAAAGCUUAUUUCGGGGAGUGUGGCCGAAUAGUAUGAGGGCGGUACUGAUGACUGCAAGUCAAUUAGCCUCAUAUGACGGGUUCAAGCGGGUGCUGAUUGAGCACACUGCUCUGUCGGACAACUUGACGACUCACUUCAUGGCUUCAUUUUUGGCAGGAUUUGUGGCCACGACUGUUUGCUCGCCAGUGGACGUUAUCAAAACCCGUAUUAUGUCCUCUCAGGAGAGCAAGGGCUUGGCGAAACUUUUAGCCGAUGUGUAUAGACUUGAGGGGGUGGGCUGGAUGUUCAGGGGUUGGGUCCCCUCGUUCAUUCGCCUUGGGCCUCACACAAUUGCAACAUUCCUAUUCUUGGAACAACACAAGAAGAUAUACAGGAAGUUGAAAGGCAUGGACGAGCUGGAAGCGGCUGUUUGA